AUGGCCCCAACAAACCCUGCAGCUAUUGCCCACGGAUGGAUGUUCAUUGGGACCAUUUUCAAUGUCUGCAUGAUGGGGGUGAUUAUUAUGCAGAACUAUCUUUAUUUUGUCACCUUUCGCCAUCGAGACCCAAGCUGGUUGAAGUCGCUCGUUGCUUUCGUUUUCUUUGCGAAUCUUCUCAACACAGGAUUUGUUACCGCCGAUCUGUACCUCGCCCUCGUAACAAACUACAUGAACCCAACCUUCCUGGGCGUCUCUACUUGGCUGUUCGAUACCGAUCCCGUUAUUGUCGGUUUGAUCGCCGGGUCGAUCCAGCUGUUCUUCUCGUGGCGUGUCAAGGUUUUGACUGGUAAAUUAUACCUUGGAUUGAUCACUGCAGGUCUCGCCUUGUCGCAAAUAAUUUGCGCCAUGCUCAUGGCUUGGAAAUGUCGUCAAUAUCCGGCAUGGGGAGAUUUCGCGAAAUUCACGGACCUGAUCUACGCGUGGAUGAUUUCCACCAUCCUCGUCGAUGUUGUUAUCACCGUCAUUUUGGUGUGGUACUUGGUAAGAAUCGUCCCUCUCAACCGAGGGCACAAGACUGGAAUGGCUCGAUCUGAUGAACUCGUUGACCGUAUCAUUAGGAUCACUAUUCAAACUGGUGCACUCACCUCCGUCUGGGCCCUUGUCGACCUCGUUACGUUCCUGGCUAUCCCUGACCAAGCAGUCCACCUCGUCUUCCAAGUCUCCAUGGUCAAACUCUACACCCACUCUUUGAUGAGUAGCUUGAACAGUCGUGGUGUUUGGAUCGGACGAAACGAGACGUCGGGUAUUAAUACUACCGCGAAGAUGGGUGGAGAUACUACCGCUCGUGCAAACGUUUCCUCUGGUGGUAAGAUUCCAUCUCAAGUCACCGUCCGCGUCGAAAGACAUGAAAUGACGGAUGCAAUCAAUAAACCAGUCGAUACUAUCAUGGGACAAGAGAUGGAUAUGGAUAUGAAGGAUCCCAAUUGGGGCAGCAGGGCUGUCUGA